UGGACAGACAGCAGGGGGGAUAAAAGCCGACCCACAUGGAGACAAAAGCUUAUAGUUGUUCACUUUGUCUCUGCGUUCUGCCCUAAAUAUCACUGGGCCAAAGUUCAGCCACAGUGCCGGGGACAAUAGGAGAAACCAGACACUGAACCAGGUGUGUUCUGCCGCAGUUUCACACGUAUAGACGAUCACCUGAGACAACUCGACGAGGUGAACGGGCAGAAGUCCUUCUGUUGGCAGUGCACAGCCAGAUAUAAGUGAUCAACGGCGACAUGUCCAGCAGGAGGCCGGAGGUCCAGCGAAGGAUCGUGUCCAAGGAUGGCCAUAACAAUGUGCGCAUCGAUAACGUGGAAGGCAUGGUCAAGCUGUACCUGCACGACAUCUGGACCACUGUUGUGGACAUGAAAUGGCGCUACAAGCUCACCUUGUUCGCCUCCACCUUUGUGAUGACCUGGUUCAUCUUUGGCGUUAUCUUUUACUUCAUCGGCAUGGGCAACGGUGACUUCGAUGGCGUCUUGCACUCCAACCACACACCGUGCGUGAGUAACGUGGAGACGCUCACGGGGGCCUUCCUGUUCUCUCUAGAAUCGCAGACCACCAUUGGCUAUGGCUUCCGCUACAUCACAGAAGAGUGCCCCUUGGCUAUCUUCACUCUGGUGGCUCAGCUGGUAAUCACAGGCCUGGCUGAGAUCUUUGUGACCGGCGCUUUCCUGGCCAAGCUGGCUCGACCCAAGAAGCGAGCAGAGACCAUCAAGUUCAGCCAGUCAGCGGUGAUUUGCGAGCGCCAAGGCAAGCUCUGUCUCAUGGUGCGAGUGGCGAAUAUGAGGAAGAGCCUGCUGAUCCAGUGCCAGCUGACAGGCAAGCUCCUCCACUCCAACGUGACCGAAGAAGGCGAAAAGACACAAAUCCACCAAAGCUGCGUUGAUUUCUACAUGGAUUCUAGCGGAGACUGCCCCUUCCUGAUCCUUCCGCUCGUUUUCUACCAUGUGCUGGAUGAGAACAGCCCGCUCGCAGGGCUGACCGCUGAAAACCUGCUCACUCGCAAUUUUGAGCUCCUGGUGACCCUCAAUGCGACCAUGGAGUCCACCGCAGCCACGUGCCAGAGUCGAACCUCGUAUGUUCCUCAGGAGAUCCUCUGGGGUUAUGAGUUCAAGCCGGUGCUGUUCAGUACCGCCGGCGGCCGAUACGUGGCUGAUUUUAACUUUUUUGACAAGGUGCAGCUGAGCAACAGCGCAGCCUUCCACAGUAACAAGACAGAGAAGCUGAAACUGGAGGCGGAGUAUAAGAGAGAGUAGCAGAUGCGUUGUUUGUUGCUGUUGUAAUAACACAGAUGUUCCAUGAUUGUUGUUUCUUGUUAUUUUAUGAGUUAGAGCCAGACCAAAAUAUGUGAUCACCAGUGUCGAGCUAGUAGAAAAAAAUAAAAAUUGGAUAUCAACCAUUCAGUGUCAUCCACUGCUGAUAUGAUGGGGGUUCCUCCCUGAGCACAGCUACAGAAACUGACCGGUCAUCCUGACAAAAAUUCAUUUUCAUUUCAUUAUCAUUACUUUCUUCAUUCAAAUAUUCAAAUUUCUUCUGUAAAUGAAUCAUUCAUUUCAUCGCAGUGAAUUCUCCGUGAACUCAGAGGAACAGCCUACCUGAUGACAUGAAGACCUGCAGCUCCAUCAGAACUUUAAACCCAGAUUAGAAAGUCUGUUAAUCUACAUUUUAUCUCAUGGUGUUCCCUCGUAUGCAGAUGAUCUUGCUUUUUAAUUUGACAAUCGUACAGUUUUAGUUGAUAUUGUGUGUGGGUGUGUAAUGUGCUACUGCGUGUAAUUUUGUACCAUGUGUCUACUGGACUACUACUUGUUUUUAUAUUUUUAUGCCCGAGGGACUGCAGAUGAAGAUUAGCUACACAGAAAGCUGACUAUGGUACAGUACAUAAGAUGGUAACUGUUGUGUUUAACGCUGUACAUGGUCCCUUACAUUUGAAAUAAAUAAAUCAAUAAAUAAUUUCAAGUUACACUGCCUUUAAGGAGCAUAUUAGUAAUUUUGAACAAUUACAAGAGUUUACGCAACAAACAUUUUACAUUUUGACAAACCUUUUUCCAAAUAAUGAGGGGUAUGAUUUAACAAAAUAUAAUCAAAAUCCCUCCAUUUUUGAAAUUUGAAUUUUUGGUUG